AACCGACCCCGAGCUCCUGAGCGAGACCAGGGCGGACCGGCGGGCUUGCAGGGCGCGGGGCCGGCCCGGGCACGGCGUCGGCCCGCCGGUCGCCCUCCGGAGAAGCCCGUCCCGUGGCCGGGGGCUGCUGCAGGGGGACCCGGUCCCCGGGGCGGCGGCUGCCAUGAACUUCUCCGAGGUCUUCAAGCUGUCCGGCCUGCUCAGCAAGUUCUCCCCGGACGGGAAGUACCUGGCUUCGUGUGUCCAGUACCGUCUGGCGGUCCGAGAGGUGAGCACCCUCCAGAUCCUGCAGCUGUACACAUGCCUGGACCAGAUCCAGCACAUAGAGUGGUCGGCGGAUUCCCUCUUUAUCCUGUGCGCCAUGUACAAGCGGGGCCUGGUGCAGGUGUGGUCCCUGGAACAGCCAGAUUGGCACUGCAAGAUAGACGAGGGCUCAGCAGGACUGGUGGCUUCGUGCUGGAGCCCGGACGGUCGCCACAUUCUGAACACCACCGAGUUCCACGGAGGAGGAGAACCCAUCACCACACCAGCCCACGGCCGGCUGCCACGGGGCACAGAUCAGCGGUCCUCCCCCAGCACGCCACUCUUCUGCAUGUUUCGAGAAUUCGUCAUAAUGGCCACACACAACUCACAGACAGUACUCACAGCUCUGAGGGCUACGAGGAAUGUUAGGAAGCUACCACAAGGUAGGACCAUAAAGCAUGAAGGAUGGGAUCAA